AUGUGGCCCCUGGCCGCUGCCAUCGCCUCCCUGACCGUGGCCUUGUCAGGAGGCAUCUCCCGGGAGUCGCCCAAGAUCCUCAACAGCACCAACGGGACCAGUGGGUUUCUCCCCGGGGGCUACACCUGCCUCCCCCACUCCCAGCCCUGGCAGGCUGCCCUGCUCGUGCGAGGACGGCUGCUCUGCGGGGGGGUCCUGGUCCACCCCCGAUGGGUGCUCACGGCAGCACACUGCCGGAAAGAUGGGUACAGAGUUCACCUGGGCAAGCACGCCUUAGGGCUCGUGGAGACCGGCCAGCAGGUGCGGGAGGUGGUCCGCUCUGUCCCCCAUCCUGAAUACCUGGUCAGCCCCACCCACCUGAACCAUGACCACGACAUCAUGCUGCUGGAGCUACAGUCCGAGGUCCAGCUCACCGACCACAUCCGCACCUUGCCCCUUUCCCAAGUCGACUGCCUGCCCCCUGGCACCUGCUGCCGGGUGUCCGGCUGGGGCACCACCACCAGCCCCCAGGUGAGCUACCCCCAAACCCUACAGUGCGCCAACAUCCAGCUGCGCUCGGAUGAGGAGUGUCACCAGGUCUACCCAGGGAAGAUCACGGCCAACAUGCUGUGCGCCGGCACCCCAGAGGGCGGGAAGGACUCCUGUGAGGGCGACUCCGGGGGUCCCCUGGUCUGCAACCACACGCUCCACGGCAUCAUCUCCUGGGGAGACUUCCCCUGCGGACAGCCCAACCGGCCUGGCGUCUACACCCGCGUCUCCAAGUACGUCCAGUGGAUCCGUGAAACAAUCGGGGAACCCAGAAGCCAGGAGCAGAAGGGGACCAAGGGCGCUCAGUAG